CUAGUUAAAAUUAAACCCCCUAUUUUUUCGUAAUCUCCGUUAUCUUCUCUCUAGAAAAUCGAAAACCACAGCGAAGCUAGCACACUCAACAACAGGGAGAGAAAAAAAGGGAGAGAGUGCUCUUUGCCUUAUAGUUAGCUACUGAUCGGAGCUUCACCUUUAGCUUCAUCGGCGUUUUUUCGUGGCGGCGAAAUCAAACUUUCGGUUCUGUUUGAUUCAGUUGUGGUCGGUUUCGUUCUGAUUUUAGCUGCAUUCGGCGUUUCGGUUCAUCGCAAGGCUUCGCUCUUUUGUUUUUGUCGUUAACUGUGAAGAAGCUAUUUGCAGCUAUUUCUGGAGAAGAAACAUAUAAAUAGAUCGAAAUGAUGAACUAUAUAUGAAAGGAGAGAAAGAGAAGAGGUGAUAAUGGACGAUAGAGGAGGUUCCUUUGUAGCUGUUAGGAGGAUUUCUCAAGGUCUCGAGCGAGAAAAUUCAUGUCAUUCAACUUCUGCUGAGGUUGUGGCAGGAUCAGCAGCAUGGUUGAGCAGAGGCCUUUCUUGUGUUUGUGCACAGAGAAGAGAGAGUGAUGCUCGUCCAUCAUUUGAUUUAACCCCUUCUGAGGAAGAAUGCUUGCAGAGGCUGCAGAACCGUAUAGAUAUUGCCUACGAUAGUUCAAUCCCUGAGCAUCAGGAAGCUUUAAGGGCCUUAUGGAAUGCUGUCUUCCCAGAAGAAGAGCUACACGGCUUAAUAUCCGAACAAUGGAAGGAAAUGGGGUGGCAAGGGAAAGAUCCAUCGACAGAUUUUAGGGGUGGUGGUUUUAUAUCAUUGGAGAACCUGUUAUUCUUUGCUAGGCACUUUCCGAAAUCCUUCAAGGAUCUCCUUUGGAAGCAGGAAGGUGACCGGUCAGCGUGGGAAUAUCCCUUUGCCGUGGCCGGUGUGAACAUUACAUUCAUGCUUAUUCAGAUGCUUGAUCUUGAAGCAGUCAAACCAAGAACAAUGGUUGGAGCAAUUUUCUUGAAGUUCCUCUCAGCUAAUGGAUCAUCAAUGGCUUGCUAUGCGUGCAUCUUACAUGGACUUCAAUACUGUGAUGAAAGCCACGCGUCACCAACUGGAAAGGGAGUUUUUACUGGAAGAUAUAACACGUCUGGAAGAACUGCCCUCGUACAGUCUUCUUACACUAUAGUUGAAAGGUACUUCUUUAACUAUACUUCUUUUGUGAAUGGCAAGAGCCAGGAUGCAUGCUAUGAAUGAACAUGUUGCCCUUUUCUGCCUUUAACCAAAUGUCUUUUAAGCUAGAUACAUGUGCUUCAUUUCAAACAAGUGGAAUUGGUGUUCCCUUCUGAUUUCUUAGAAUAAGAAAGGGUUUUUGAUUUUGGGCUAUAGUCUUAGGAAGAAAGCUGAGCAUGCUUGUUUUAGCCUCGUGAGUCUCAGUAUCCACAUCCGAAAGAAAAUCAGUCCAGAGAUCGAUAAAUUCUACUAAUGGUCCUCUCUAAUGUCUUUUAAGCUAGAUACAUGUGCUGCAUUUCAAACAAGUGGAAUUGGUGUUCCCUUUUGAUUUCUUAGAAUAAGAAAGGGUUUUCUGUUUUGGGCUAUAGUCUUAGGAAGAAAGCUGAGCAUGCUUGUUUUAGCCUCGUGAAUCUCGCUAUCCACAUCCGAAAGAAAAUCAGUCCAGAGCGAUAAAUUCUACUAAUGGUCCUCUCUAAUGUCUCUGUUUCAGUGUCUAGUUAACUAGGGAUAUAUAGGAUGUUUCAGUCUCACGUCCAAAAAUAAAUAACUAAAGAAGAGAUUUUGGGUUAUAUAUGUGUAGACAUUGCAUUCGUUAUGCAAAAGGAGGGUAAUCGGGAGUAACAAUUUGAAUUGUGGGUUUGGGUAUUCGUGGAUAUCCGAUUCGUUUUUUGUGGAUUCGGAUGUUAAAAUUGUUACCCGCUACUGAUUUAAAAUGGAUGCGAAUAGACACCUCCAAGUAUUUGAAUUGCUUAUUUGAAUAACGGUUUCAGAAUCCAAAUCCACAUUAGAAUUGUA